UGCGGGAGGAGAGAGAAAGGAAAAAUUGUUUUCAAAAAUUAACUUCACCACUAGCUUCCACACUCUUGUAAAGCAACGUGAGAGAGGCGGAGACUACCAACAAAAACGAAAAUCACACAGCGUAGAAGAGGAACGAUAAGUUGAGGGAUACUGUUUCUGGCAGUAAGGGCAAAGGAAGUUGGACCUCGGAGGAAAGGAAGUGAGGGGGAGCAUUUUGGCGAAGGGAUCGGAAGCUUGGCGGACCGAGCGGUAGAAGCCGCAGUGGGGUGAAGGAGCUGGAGAAGGCGGAAGAUGGCGGGGCUGUCGGUGCGGGACCCCGCGGUGGACCGGUCCCUGCGUUCUGUGUUUGUGGGGAACAUCCCAUAUGAGGCCACAGAGGAGCAGUUAAAGGACAUUUUCUCAGAGGUUGGACCUGUCGUUAGUUUCAGAUUGGUAUAUGAUCGAGAGACGGGCAAACCAAAAGGUUAUGGCUUCUGUGAGUAUCAAGACCAGGAAACGGCGCUCAGCGCCAUGCGGAACCUCAAUGGGCGCGAGUUCAGUGGGAGAGCCCUGCGUGUGGACAAUGCAGCCAGCGAGAAAAACAAAGAGGAGUUAAAGAGCCUGGGCACAGGUGCCCCCAUCAUAGAGUCUCCCUACGGAGACCCCGUGAAUCCUGAAGACGCUCCCGAGUCCAUCAGCAGGGCCGUGGCCAGCCUUCCACCUGAGCAGAUGUUUGAGCUGAUGAAGCAGAUGAAGCUGUGUGUCCAGAACAGCCCUCAGGAGGCCCGGAGCAUGCUGCUGCAGAACCCUCAGCUGGCCUACGCCCUGUUGCAAGCCCAAGUGGUGAUGCGGAUUGUUGAUCCGGAGAUUGCUCUGAAAAUUUUGCAUCGGCAGACCACCGUCCCGGCUCUGAUUCCAGGCAACCCACAAGCAGGUCCUGGGCCAGGGGCUGGGCCUGGGCCUGGACCUGGGCCUGGUCCAAAUGUACCAAUGAACCAGCCAAACGUCCCCUCCUCCCAGCCACAACCAAUAGGAGGUAUGCAUGUCAAUGGAGCCCCUCCUCUGAUGCAGCCACCCAUGCAAGGAGGAGUGCCAGCCCCAGGCCAGAUGCCAACCUCUGUACCUGGUCCCGGCCCCUUGGCUCCAGGAGGGGGCAUGCCAGGAGGUGGCCCGAUGCUCCUAGAACGUGGCCAAGUGGACAAUGAGAGUGAUGCUUUCCCCAAUAAUGCUUCAUCAGUUCGGCCAGGGAACCUGCAGCUCUCUCCCGUGGGACCUGCCAGGCCUUCCUCUAUUGAGCGAGUCCAAGUGCCCAUGCCAGAUCCACGGGCCCCCAUGCAACGUGGGCCAAUGCCAGCUAGCGGCCCACCGCCUCGAGGCCUUCUGGGAGAUGCCCCGAAUGACCCGCGUGGGGGAACUUUGCUCUCAGUUACUGGAGAAGUGGAGCCCAGGGGUUACCUUGGACCCACACACCAGGGCCCUCCCCACCAGGGCGCCCCCAUGCACCAUAUGCCUGGCCAUGACAACCGGGGGCCACCCCCCCAUGAAAUGAGAGGUGGACCAAUGGGAGAACCCAGACCCUUGAUGGGAGAGCCACGAGGGCCCUUAAUGGAUGGCCGAGGGGGAAGAGAUCCAAGAGGCAUGGAACCUCGAGGCAUGGAUGGCAGGGGCAUGGAACCCAGAGGAAUGGAGCCCAGAGUGAUGGAUACCAGGGGCAUGGAGCCCAGAGGGAUUGAGCCUAGAGUGAUGGAAAUGCGGGGCUUGGAGCCUCCUAGAGGCAUGGAGCCCAGAAGCAUGGAGCCCAGAAGCAUGGAGCCUCGUGGGAUGGAGCCCAGAAGCAUGGAGCCUCGUGGGAUGGAGCCUCGUGGGAUGGAGCCCAGAGGGAUGGAACCCAGAGGGAUGGAGCCCAGAGGGAUGGAGCCCAGAGGGAUGGAACCUCGUGGGAUGGAACCUCGUGGGAUGGAGCCCAGAGGCAUGGAACCUCGUGGGAUGGAGCCCAGAGGCAUGGAACCUCGUGGGAUGGAGCCCAGAGGCAUGGAACCUCGUGGGAUGGAGCCCAGAGGCAUGGAACCUCGUGGGAUGGAUCCCAGGGGCAUGGAGCCCAGAGGCAUGGAACCCCCUAGGGGCAUGGAGCCCAGAGGCAUGGAGCCUUCUAGAGGCAUGGAGCCUCCAAGGGGAAUGGAACCCAGAGGCAUGGAGCCUAGGGGCCCUGGUCCCAACCCAAGGGGUCCGAUGACUGGAGGAAUUCAAGGUCCUGGGCCUCUUAGCAUGGCAGCAACUGUCCCUCAGGGGCCUCGACAGGUGCCUAAUAUGCCAGCGGCAGCCAUGCAGGCUGGAGGCAUGCCAGGAGCAAGCGUGCAAGCAGCUGGGCAGCCUGGAGGGUUCAGCCCUGGCCAAAACCAAGUAACACCUCAAGAUCAUGAAAAGGCUGCACUCAUCAUGCAGGUCCUCCAGCUAACGGCAGACCAGAUAGCGAUGCUGCCUCCAGAGCAAAGGCAGAGCAUCCUGAUCCUGAAAGAGCAGAUACAGAAGUCCACCAGCGCCCCUUGAUUUGCAUUGUUUGGGUUUGGAAACCUUCUGACAAAAUGACACAUUGGAGAUGGCCCCGGAGACCACUUGUAUGCCAUUUCAUUGUCUGAGCCAGUGCAGUUAUGAGGGGAGGGGGUUCCUGUACUCCCCCCCCUGAUUGUUGAUUUUUAUUCUCCCCCCAUUUUGUUUAUUUCCUUGUGUUUCAAAUAAAAACACUUGUCCUGGG